AUGUGGUCAUUAGACCGAUUAUCUGGACAUACAACACCUUCUGCUUCUCCACCUCCACCAUUAAAUAGGAACCCCAGUCUACCUCGUCGUCCGACUCAUCUUGCGCCAUUACCAGUCGGCGGUAGACCUCCAUUUAAUCCGAGAUCCUCUUCCCUAUCAUUAGUCUCCAAUGACUCCAGUACAUCCUUGCUACCAUCGCGGAGACCCAACGGGUCGAACCCCAAACAAGCAGCUACACCACCCAAUGUGCCAGAUCCUUUAGAGGUUUUAGGAAGAAUAUUAAACAAUGGAGAAGAGGCAAAAUCACCACCUGCGAAGGGCUUGGGAGCCAUAAAUGGAACAGCCGCUCCCAUAAGAGAGAAAGAUGAUGAAGGCGAAUGGGACUUCGAAGGUUUAAGUCUACAAGAUAUCGUGGCAGAGGAACCUUCUGUCACUGAGGAUGAGCAUGUAUAUAAAUCACAAACACUUGAAGAAUAUGAGCGUGAUAUGGAUAAGUUUGAAGAUCUCCACAGAUCGAUUCGCGCUUGCGAUGAUGUCCUAAAUUCCGUCGAAAUAAACCUCACCAGCUUUCAGAACGAUCUUGCUAUGGUUUCUGCGGAGAUCGAAACUCUACAAGCACGAUCAACGGCGUUGAGUGUACGGUUGGAAAAUCGAAAGGUGGUAGAGAAUGGACUUGGACCUAUAGUGGAGGAGAUCAGCGUCUCCCCAGCCGUCGUUAAGAAGAUUGUGGAUGGAGCUAUAGAUGAAGCUUGGGUUCGAGCAUUGGCGGAAAUCGAGAAGCGAUCAAAGGCUAUCGAUGCAAAAUCAAAGGAACAACAGAAUAUAAAGGGGGUUAAUGAUCUCAAGCCUCUAUUGGAGAAUCUAGUGUCUAAGGCACUGGAAAGAAUCCGAGAUUUCCUCGUUGCUCAAGUGAAAGCUUUGCGAUCCCCCAAUAUAAAUGCCCAGAUUAUUCAACAGCAGCACUUCCUACGUUACAAAGAUCUCUAUGCUUUCUUGCAUAGACAUCACCCAAAAUUGGCCGAGGAACUUGGUCAAGCAUAUAUGAAUACGAUGCGAUGGUACUUUCUCAAUCAAUUUACACGGUACGCAAAAGCAUUGGAAAAGAUCAAGCUCCAUGUGUUGGACAGACACGAUGUUCUCGGGUCAGAUGAUGGAUCUCGCAAGACCACGCUCCUCUCCGCGUCUAAACAAACAGGUCCACCACAUGAUGCAUUCAAUUUAAGUCGACGAAUCGAUCUUCUCAAAACCUCCAACGAAAUUGCACUGCCGUCCUUUCUAGCAGAAGAAGACAAACAAACUCAUUACAUGGAAUUCCCCUUCCGGAAUUUCAACCUCGCCCUAAUCGACAACGCUUCCGCCGAAUACUCCUUCCUAACCUCAUUCUUCUCCCCGUCACUAACCUACGCAACCAUCUCUCGCUACUUCACCUAUAUCUUCGAACCCACCUUCUCCCUCGGCCAAUCGAUCACCAAAUCCCUCGUCCAUGAGUCACACGAUUGUCUUGGUCUCCUCCUGUGCGUGCGUCUUAACCAACAUUUUGCAUUUUCUCUCCAGCGCCGGAAAAUCCCUGUCGUAGAUUCAUAUAUCAACGCAACAUCCAUGCUCCUCUGGCCGCGCUUCCAACUCACAAUGGACACACACUGCGACUCGGUCCGCACCCUGACCUCGGCCCUCCCCACCCGAAAACCAUCGGCUUCAGAACAAGCGAAACAAUCCGCCGCCCCCCAUUUCAUGACUCAACGUUUCGGCCAAUUUCUUCAGGGCAUUUUGGAACUAAGCACGGAAGCUGGAGAUGAUGAACCCGUGGCGAGUAGUCUAGCGAGACUGAGAAGCGAGAUGGAAGCGUUUUUGUCAAAGUGUGCGGCGAUUAUGCCGGAUAAGAGAAAGAAGGAACGAUUUUUGUAUAAUAAUUAUUCGUUGAUAUUGACCAUUGUGGGGGAUGUGGAGGGGAAAUUGGCUGGGGAACAGAGGGCGCAUUUUGAGGGAUUAAAGAACGCUUUUGGGGAGGGCAUUUAA